AUGGACGUCGGCCUUUCUGCUCCUCAUCAAGAAGAUUCUCCAUUUGCCAUUUCAACCGGAGUGAUUCACUCACAGCGUCCGAAUAUGUUUGGCCACACUCUUGGGUCGGUGGGAGUGAAUCCUGGUGAUUCUGGUGGCGGUUGCUUUAAUCAAUCAUCUGGCUGUUUGGUUGGAAUCAAUGUUGGGUGCGAGAAUGUUCCUAUCAGUCUAGAGAAGGAUACUGGUGCUCAGAUAUAUGACAAAAUCUCGUCGAGAUAUGCUGCCAGAGCUCAUAUUAUCCCCAUCGAUAGCUUCCAGUUUGUUUAA